AUGGCAGUGAAUAACGCGUAUUUGAAAUCAAUUUCUGGGAUAAUAAAACUUUCGAUCUGUAUUACUUUAAUUAUCACGCUAAUCUGUGCAUGCGUUCACUGUGUUUCUUAUCGAGUAUUUUUCCUCCUCGUCUCCCUUUUCGGAUUCAUCUUCGAGGCUGGCUUCUAUUUCAGUUACCUUUUUAAUUUAACUUCCAAAAUAAGUCUCAACUGGCCAUUUGUGGAUUUUAUAACUUCUGCUGUCCUGGCUGGGCUGUCCUUCAUCAACUUUUGCGUUGCUUGCGCAUUUGCCUCUGGUAGACCACAAGAUGGAGCAUCUGCCUUCUUCUGGUUGGUUGCGAUCAUUCUUCUAUGUAUCGAUUUAUAUUACUGUAUGCGAGCUUGGCGAGGAGGUUCAACAAGGAAUGUACCUGCAGGGGCCUCUGGAAACCAAGCUGCAGCCCCUUCGAGUUAUCCAACUUAUCCUAAUACUACCGAUGGCAAUUUGGAAUACGUCAACUAA